AUGGCGCUGCGCGCUUGGAGCUGGACGCGCAUCGACGGCCGCAACGUGCUGGCCAUACCCACACAGACCGAGAUCCGGCUCUACGACAGCGACGAGUUCAUCCUCCUGUCCCGUCUCGCGCCCUCCGGCCACCGCUCGCCCGUGGCAUUCGUCCGCUGGAGCGCCUUCCACGGCAAACUCGCGUCGCUCUCGGCCACGCGAAUUGUCGUCCAUGCGCCCCAGCGAGACGUUCAGCAGCAGCAGCAGCACAGCAGUGUGCAGUUUGUUGCCGUGUGCUACUUUGAGCUCGAUGUGGUCCACACGACCAUCCGCGGCCUCGCGUUCUCGCGGAAUGCAAACGAACUGCUGUUCUGCGGACGGGACGUGGGGGUCGGUAAGCUCGACGUGCGUGGAGUGACUUGCGACGCUCGCACUAAUCAAGCGCCAGUGCUAUGGGAAGUAAACGCGCGCGGCAUUGACGUGGCCAAGUACUCGCCCAGUGCGUUCGUGUUGGCGACGCUGGUAACGAACGAUCUGGCGGUGCACGUGUGGCGCAUGAAGCGGAGCGUAGGGGACGCAGACGAGACGCAGACGCUCGAUAAGAAGGAGGCGUUGCAGCACGAUGUGCCCGUGGUGUAUUUCUCGUGGAAACCCGCGACAACGCAGUGGCAUUCCGCGCUGGAGGCGGAUGGCACGAGGAGAGCGCAGUGGUUUGAACCUGCGCGGAUCCUCUUGACGUGUACAGUCACGAGGACAGUCUGUGUGUGGACCGAGCGCGAGGACGCGUGUUUUCAGCGCGUGCUGACGUUCGAACCGACGUGGGUGAUGGAUAAUGUGCGCUGGGUCGUGUCGAAGAACCGGAACAUUAGUGAUGAGAAGGACUGUCGUGCUACAGACGAUGGGCAGGGCAAGGACGUAGAGUGGAUCUCAGGUGUCGAUCAGAUGGGUGUUUUGAGACUGUGGAAAUUAGUGGGGGUCAUGACGUCUACGUCACCUACAGUCGAGGAAACGCCGCUUCAGAUUCAAGUGCAUGGGAAGAAAGACGAUCAACUGGACGUUGAUAGGAGUGUGAGACUUGCCGACGUGUGUGUCAUGGCCUACUUUUCGCAAACUUACGUUGGAAUGCCCUCAAAGCUUGACAUUGUGCUCCAACGCAUGGAUCACAUUAUGCUGUCGUUUAAUGUUGCAGUAGGCGAAGGAGACCGGCCGUCGCACAUUGUGAAAAAGUCCUGGUACAGGAGCCACCUUGGCUCUAUUUCGGCAUUGUCGGCGCAUCCGUCGUUGCCACUGAUUGCGAGCGUCGAUGCAUAUACGUCCGAACGUGACAGCGCUCGAAGGUAUGACAUUCUCGUGUACUGGAUCUCGUUUUCCGCAUUUUCUGCGGAAACUCGGCUUAUUCCAUCGGGUGUGCUGCCCUGCGAGAAGGACAGCGGCAACGUGCUAUGCGUUCAAUGGGUACCCACACUUCACUUCGACGCCACACCUCUACUUCUCGUUGCUUUUGAGUCAGGUGUCAUCGAUGUGUUCGGGCGAUCUGCUGAAGCCGACGUUUCAGUCGUGUCUUCUCCUAGGAUGCAAUUACAUCGACAGCAGCAGCAGCAGGAACGUACUUGCUCUCCGAGUUUGUCCCCAUCGACACGUUACAACAACGCGGCAGGCAAGUCGAGCUCUGAAUACGAGGUUUCGUGUGAAAAACCGAGUAGCUUCGACCUCGAUGUUCAAUUUGAGGAGCGAGAAGGAAGGCUGAUUGUUCGACGAAAUCGUUCUAGCGACAAGUGCAUUCGGGACGUGAUCGUAGAUCGACCCGAUGAGCUACAGAUAUUUGAGGCGGAGUCUGGACUUGGUAUAUUACGCGCAGAAGAAUCCAUCACGUCAAACGGCCGAGGAAAUAUUUCGGGUUUCAGCUGGUGCAAUUCGCAUGUCGAGUUUAACGUCGAUGCUCUUGCGUGGGAUGAGCCAGGAAGUCAUUUACAGCGCUCGAUGGACUGGAAAGCAAUUGAGUCCCCGCAAAAGCUGCCCAUGUGGCAUCCAUAUGUACUUCUCACGACAAUGUUUGGCAUGCAUGCGCGUGUUGGCGAAAAAGAUACUUUACUUGCGGGUGACAGUGCGUCUUACGCGUUUUCCAGAGCGUUCAGUGACGCGACACAAAUGCUGAAGCUGCUUGCCAGGGUGCUGCAAGAUGAGCAUUCUGCUCGGGCGAGCGCCUCUAGUGGAGUUUUCUCGUACACUAGUCCGGAUCGAGCGCAAGGAGCGGCUGCCAAGCAACCUACACCAGAUCAUGCUCGUGGGCUGGAUUAUGUCGGUCGAUACUCGACAGCAAUUCAUCGAAGCGAUAAGAUCGACAAGGCUGAGAACUUGUUUGCAGCUCCUGUGAGUAGUAGCAGCCAACGAAGACGCAUACCGGAUGAAAUCAAAUUCUAUUUUGACGAAGAGGACCAGCGCGCUUUGGCACCGGAUGAAGCAGCGGUGAUUUCGGGAGCCGUUGAUUCUAUGCUCUUGGGCAAAGCGCAUCCAUUGCAAGCAAAUGCGUCUACGUUGUUCGCCUCAUUUGGGGAAGAACAUCUUUUGGAGAUGAAAGUCAUUUUGAGCUUUGUCAAUGCAAUUCAGUCUCUGGGCUUUGAUCUGGACGCUUCGGCUGCGGAUCUGGGUGCAAAGCGCUAUUUUUCGAUGUAUCUGUUUGCAAAGUCGUUACGAAGUGUGGUGCGUGCUCACGUUGGUAACUGCAACAGUAACCCACAAAACGGGGAUGCUGAUCCACUUCCAACCAAGUCAGAGUGGAGGAACACACAGAAUGAGCGCGAGGGAUGUUCUCGGUUACCAGGGUUGGAGGAAAUUCCAUCGUCAGGCCUGUUGUGGGCCUUACACUCGGAUGCACAACAGUUUUUAUGGGAACAUUGCAUCAAACCUGGCAUGCAGUGGGACGACAUACGUCCUCAGUGGCUAGGACUUUGGAUUAAGGAUGUGCAAGACUUGCGAGGGAUCGUGGAAAGAUUUGCGAGAGUUUCUUACAUGCGAUCCAAAGACGCUAUGGGAGUAAGUUUACUCUACGUGGCACUGGGAAAGAAAAACGUGCUCAGUGCAUUGGCCAAGCUAUCUCAAUCGCGCUCAAACAAGAGUCUAGCCUCGUUCUUGGAUAAUGAUUUUUCUCAAAAGCGCUGGAGCAAUGCUGCAGUGAAGAACGCGUAUUCACUUCUCAGCAAGAAAAAGUACGAGGCGGCAGCAUCAUUCUUUCUUUUGUGUGAGCCACCACGAAUCAAAGACGCAGUUCGUGUUCUGGCGGUCCGUCAAGGAGACCCGAGCUUGGCAUUGAUCAUUUCGAGGCUUGUGGAAUACCGAGCUGACGGUGAUCAUGCGUUCACGAGUCAAACGGGGAUCACGCCGGCAGGGAUCAUCACGAAGAAACUACUAGAACAAGACGUGUUACCUCUUUUUCGUCGAAAGUGUGAAGUGUGGUUAGAAAGCUGUGCGCUGUGGUGGCUAGAGGAGUUCGAACAAGCGUGGGCCGUCUUGCUUCCGCAAUUUCAAGACGUUGAUGUUUGCCAAGUAAACAACAAGCUGACGCUUCCUACAGAGGAGAUCCUUCUUACCAACGUCAUGCGAGCGACGCACUUCUACGUCAACUUAACGUCUCUCACUAUCUAUUUCCAGCACCUGCACUCGAACGUUAGUUCCAUCCUGCUGAGCUGGGCUAAGCAAAAGAUGCAUCAGCGAGUGUUUCCCGACGCCCCAGCGCUACCAGCCCUGGCCUCAUCAGGAAAGAGACGCCUACAGCUUGCGUCGGCCGCCGACAUCGAGCAUGCGUUUUCGUUCGCAGCCUACGUGUGUAAACGAAAUGGUCUGAGUGAUACUGCGCUUGUAGAAAUGCUUCAAGCGCGACACUUAGUCAAUCUUCAUGCGCGUUUCGAGAUAUCAGCAAUUGAAGCCAGUAGUGUCGCGCUUAGUGAUGCCAUACUGGAAGGCGACUCAACGAGUCUAUUCGAUGAUCCGACUUCCGCGAAGAACCAGGUUUUACGAACAAGAUGGAGACAGGCAAACAAGCCGUCAAGCUUUACUUCACCGACUGCUAAUCGAUCGACGAGUCGAGCAGCGUGGAUCACACCGCGGAGGAGGAUGAGCUUCAUGGACACGGUUUGUCCUCCGUGCACGGAAGUACAGAUGGCAGAAAAGAAGGUACCGCCUCGUCGGUCCCGUGCAAGUUCUUUGUCGUGGAAAUCGCUGCAAUCUGACAACCCUAUCCCGACAGCACCGUGGCUAAAAGCACAGAUUGCGGAUAUUGAGUGCAGACGUUGGGCUUCGUCCGCGUUCGUUGGCAAAAUGAUCGGUAUUCGUGUGGCACGCGAGAUGAUCAGCCAUUUCCGCGCCGAGUUGGAUGUGUAUUUUCGGCGUGGUGGCGACAACAAUUCUUCCUCACACGCUUCCGCCAUUGCAACGACCUCAGUUCAACGGCACCACCAUCGCGUUAAGCUCCACAGACAAUUCUUGGACGAGUUGUGCACCCCGCUUUGCGAGCAAUUCCAAGUAGACCGUAACUAUGUGUACGAAGCGGGGCUAGCAGUGAUGCAUCCGCACGCACACCUACACAUCGUCGAGGUCUGUUUCCUUUUGUCAGAACUGGGGAGGACAUCAACAUUGCGUAAAUGGAUCGAGUACGUUUCGUUGUCGAUGCUGCACUCUUGCUACACUUUCGCUUCGUGCAGUAUCGCUGAGGACACGUACCGCGACUGGGAAAGUCUCACCAUCCAGCUGUGUUACAUCCUCAACCUCGACUCCCAAGGACAGAUCCGCGUCCCGCCUCAAGUGAUCGCGCACAUCAGUGUUGCAGUACGAACUGGGAUUAUCUUCUUGGGUUGGGCACGGAAUCGGUCAGAUAUUGUUCGACAGGCUCUCACCCUGCCAUUUUCUAUGCCCGACACCACGCAAAAUGCGUCUACAGGCGACGCAAGCCUUCCCCUGAGCUCGUUUGCAUUUGAAAAUAACCUGCACUUGCUACGCAGACUAUUGGAAAGUCCUCCUGCUGCAAGUGGGCGUGAAGACCGCGAGAAUCGCAUGUUUGGAGGAAAAGUGGGAUACACGUUUUUAGGUGCCGUUGCAACACGUCAAGCGGAUGGCGGCAACAUAUCGCUGCUAUCAUGGGGUGGCGUUGAAAACGCAGCGAGUCAGAAUCAAUAUAAGAUGCGCAAGAUGUACACGCUGGUGUUGAUGGUGUCUGUGCUUCGCACGCUGAAUGCACGGGCCGCCGUUUUCCUUAGCAUGUAUCAAGACGUUGACGAAGACGACAAAAAGGUUGCUGAAGUCGACAUUGCGACCUCGUUGUUUGUCCCUCAAAAACUGUGGAAAGUACUGGGCGACGGCCCCCUGGAGGGGAUUCAACAGUGGCAUGCACUCAUCGAGUCUCACUUGAGAUGCGAGUUGGAUUACAACGUGAAGGAAGUCCCGUGUCUGUGCGGUCUCUAUGGCCUGGAUACCACAGCAUUUCAAGAAGCUGCAAACAGAGAAAAGAAACAGCCAAGAUACCAAGAAAGUGGCAGCGGUGAUGGUGAAGAGCUCACCAGUCACGGCGCUACGAGCAGGAACGUAAUUGAUGCUAAAAGCGAUGCAAAGAUGGAUGACUCUGCAUGUGCAGCUCCGGCAGAGUUUGGUGUUGAGAGAACGGAUGAGGAUGGUAGUCCGAGUCGUCUGCAGACGUUUCUUCGCGAGACAGGGCUGAGCGCUGAUGUCCACACGGCACUGGUAAACGCGAGUGACGAUUACGUUCUGUUGCUAAUGCAGAACGCAGAAUUCGGUGUGCGAACAACCUUGCGACGCUUUCGCUUGGAUCCUCGGGUAUACGUGAAAAGCUUUGUACUACGAGACGCCUUCAAUUGGUUUGCCCAUCACCACGUUUUCAGCUACACUACAAAAGCUGACUUCAAUCGACAAGCUCACGCGUUCUUGAGUCGCUGCUGCAAAGAUCGGAAACUGCGAUUGCUAGUGACUCACCGAGGUGAGGAUACUCAGAUGUUUCCAGAUGAUCAUCGAGACUCUCGCUUGUACCGCGCAAGUGCUGCUAAUCCCUCAUCAGCCUCGGAUGAGCUAUCCGUAUGCCCUUCACGAUCGGCAAGUGCACCAGGACUUGUUGAAUGCGACGUGAUCCCGCCACGAUCGCGUUGUCCAAACGACGCCUUUGCGUCAGAGCGUAGUGAUAUUGACUCGCUUUCAGAGGCCACGUGCUUGCAGUCAAUGAUGUUUGUCGACCCUUGGGAAGUUGAAGCGGAGCGUAAUGUGUGGCGAUACAUGCACCAUGCUCACUCUCCCCUGCACGUGGAGCUUGGAUGGAACCGUUUGAGCCCUGUUUGUUUGGAAACGUGUGACGGAAUUAUCAACUCCGUCUUCGAAGAUUCUGAUCUGGUGAAAAUGUGGAAAGCUACAGCUGGCGAAGGUUGGCUGGUGACGGCCAUUACCCAUUACCAACUGGACGGUCUUCACUCGUAUCGUACACUUUACCAGCAUUUGGAGCGUGGUCUUGCGGGGAAAGAUGAACCACGAAUUCCUUUUCUCGUUGAGGUCUACUCACGUUGUCAGCGAAAUGCGAUGUUUGAGGAAGCGGGCCUACCUCAUCGGUUUGUCGGAGUUGUCACUGUCGAAUUGAUUGAAGCAAAGGAUUUGAUUGCAUGCAGCUGGAUAGGGACAUGGAGCGAUCCAUUCGUGUUUUUGCAGCUAUCUCACGCUAAGGACGACCUACAGGAGACGGCAGACGAGUGGAGUCUACAAACUUAUCGAAGCCCAGUUGGCGACGGUGGCGUCAAUCCGCGAUGGAGCACGGCGAACAAUCAAUUUGUAUUUCGCUUUGCCAUUCCCACACACAGAAACCACGCAGCUCACCCUGUAAGCGGCCGUUACUUUUCUGGGGGUGAAGAUAGGGUGAACAGUGUGGAUCCAAAAGACGCUCGCAUGGUCUCACAACUGUGGACUGCUGAUGUCAACGACCGAAACCGAGCUGCUGUGGUUGCUUUGGAAAAGCUACUUCCGUCGGCAUUUCCAGGUCCACCAGCAUUGCUGCGGUGCACGAUGUACCACAAGAACAAGGUUUUGAACCAUCAGUUUAUGGGAAGAGCCAAGGUCUGUCUUAACGAGCUUACCUCGAGCAACGAGAUGGACUGCUGGUUACCUCUUGAAGACACAACAAGCGGCUCAUUGCAUGUGAAGAUCUCUUUGUCAUUUCAGCUCAUGUGUUCGUCCAUGGCUGGCCGAUGA